AGGACGCCUACAGUUCGUGGGAGGCGGCUGGACGCAAAACGACGAGGCGGUGACCCACUACACUGCAAUAAUCGACCAAAUGACGCUGGGUCUUCGAUUCCUCAACUCGACGUUCGGACCCCAGUGCGGCGUGCCCAGCGUUGCCUGGCAGGCUGACCCGUUCGGACACUCCGUCAGCCAGGCUGCUCUCUUCACCCGAAUGGGUUUCAGCAGCGUCAUGCUGGGCCGGAUAUCGUUCGACACCAAGAACGACUGGCAGCAAAAUCGCAGCAUGGAGUUCGUCUGGGAAACCGACAGCCGCGAACAGGGGGAGUCUAGUCGCUUAGUAUCCGUGCCUGACGCAGGUGGUGACGGUGGACACAUUCUGGCAUGGGUGCCUGAGAACACGUACACGACGCCGCAGGCGAUAUGCUUCGGCUGGAAUGACUGCCUGCACCUCGGAGCGGACGUAUACACGAACGACACGGUGGCGAUGAUGUCGGGCUGUGACCUGUGCUUCGCCGACGCCAACGAGAGGUUCCCGAGGCAGGACGCCGUCUUGGCAAAGGCCAACCGGAUAUCCACCACCCAGCGGAUGCGGCCACCAGUGCACGUGGUGCACUCGACGCCUGCCUGCUACGUGGAGGCCUUGCAUUCUGCACCUCGGAGUUGGCCUCGCUUUGCUGGGGACUUGAUGCCUUACACCGACCGGCCUGGACGCACAUGGACGGGCUUCUACUCGACCAGACCCAAUUUGAAGAUGAUGGUGCGGUACGCUAACGGGUUUCUCCAGGCAACCAAGCAGUUGUCACUUCACGGGGGAGAAGACGCUACAGCUCGAGUCACUCAACUGGGCGAGGCGGUGGCCACACUACAACACCACGAUGGCAUCACGGGCACAAGCACGGACGAUGUGGCCCACGACUACGCCCUCAUUCUCUACAAAGGCAUCAAGGAAUGUGAGUUGGUGAUUGCCAGCGGCCUGGCCUCCAUGAUGGACCCUGGUGACCCCUCAUCGAUGGGUGUGGCAAAGCAGAUGGGCUUCUGUCACCUGCUCAACCAAAGCUGCUGCUCCUUCACUGAAAACAAACAACAGGUGUUCGCACUGUCAUGCCACUCCGAAGCAUGCUUUCGGAGAUUCGAUGGCUUUUCCGUGCUGGUGUACAACCCAGCAAGCGUCCCAGUCUCGUCCCACGUACGGCUUCCGAUUGGUGGUACCGACGGACAGACCAUAAGCGUCGUGGGACCUGCAGGAGACAAGGUCGAGUCGCAGGUAUUUCCGUUGGCUCCACACCGCUUUGCCCCACCGGAAGUCCUAGGCAAUGCUACGUCAUCGUUGGUGUUUCAAGUGACGGUGGAGCCACUGGGCGCCAGCCUGUACCACGUUAAGCGCGAACCACCUGCUUACCAAGUGCUCACAGACUUCCUAGAACUCGAUGAGCCAGCCAGCUUCAUAGAGAACGAGCGAUUCCGCGUCGCUGUGAACCCGGAGACUGGCCUGGUAUCGAGCGUGGUGCUGCUGAGGCGUGAGACGACGGUCCAGCUUCGACAGACGUUCGGCGCCUACAUGUUCGAGGUCAAGGCGCCGGGAAACAUGAGUCCGCCGGGUCACUACACGUUCAGCGCCUACCGCGAAGCGGAGGACUUGGGGAACCAGGUCACCUACCGGAUCGUCAAGGGCCCCGUGGUGCAAGAGAUCCACCAAAUAUUCAACGGUUUUAUCUCACAAGUCAUUGCGCUUCACAAGGACAGCCCGUACAUCGAGUUCACCUGGACUGUGGGGCCGCUUACGCAUCUGUUGAAGCCUUCCAUUGUGCAAAUCAGUACGGGCUGUGACGUGGUUAGCCGGUUCGACACUGACCUCGGCAGCGAAGGAUUUCACACGGACGGCAAUGGCUGGAGGAACAUGCAAAGAACAGUAACAUUUCCGAAGGACAAGUUGCCGAUUCCUGCCAACUACUAUCCGGUCACAUCUUGGAUUUACAUCGAGGACGAAGCCAGAGACCUGCAGAUGCUCGUGAUUCCCGACCGACCUCAGGGAGGGACCAGUCUGCGGAAGGGACAUCUGGAGCUCAUGGUACAUCGGCGACACGCGACCAACGACGAACUUGGGAAUCCCGAGUUCCUGCUCGAAAGCGGCGACGACGACCAGGCCUUGGUGGCGAGGGGAACUCACCGGCUUUUUAUCGGUUCACGGGCCGAUGUUGCCAGCAUCAUGCGACUGCAGGCGCUGCAACUCGUCUAUCGACCGCUGCUAGUCUUCGCUCCGGCCGGAUGGAGACCAAGGCAGGAAAAAUUUUCUGCGCUGCGACGGCCACUGCCAAGCACGGUACACGUACUGACUCUGGAAAUGCUCUCAUCGCACGAAGUACUUCUCCGUCUCGAGAACCUGGCUACCAACGAUACCACCGUGAAGAUCAGCAUCACACGUAUGCUGGCGGGUCACCGGCUGGAGAACGUCCGGCCAGUGACGCUAGGAGCCAAUCGCUUCCUCCCGGGUCCCAAGCGCCAUCGCUGGUGUACGGAAGAUGUUCGCAACAAGAAGGCGGGAAGUCACUCCAUUCCAUCGACGACGUGCCAGUGCCAGCUCCCGAAAUAAGCACAGAAUCGAGCACGAGUGAUACGUACGUUAAUUUGCGACCGGGACAAAUCGCCGCCUUCUUGGCGAAGCUGGUGGCCGAGUGAACACGUCAACGUUAACCA